AUGUAUGAUCUGGUUCAAGAUAGAUUGCUUCUCAAAAUAGCAGGCAAUUUCAACAACAUUCAAAUGGCAAAAUUUGAGAUCAUAGCUAGCGCAACUAAACCAAAUUUGAAACCUGUUCGUGUCAUAGAGGCCUUGCAACAGGUUUAUAGGGACUCUGUGCCAUGUAAAUCAGUAAUUUAUGAUUGGAUGAUUGAACGCUUUAAGGUGGGAAGAGUGCAAUUGGAUGACGACCCACAAGGAUGGAGAUCCACUGCAGCGCGGGGACAAGAUAGAUGA